UCUCUCUCUCUCUCUCUCUCUCUCUCUCUCGCGGUGACCAUGGCGGACGAAGCCCAAACCAAGGCACACGAUGCGGCACCCGCGGCGGAGGUCGUCGUCUCUGAGGCCCCGGCGGAGGAAAAGGUGGCGGUGACCGAGGCGCCGCCUGCGGUAACCGCUCCUGAGGCGGUGGUGGCGGAGGAGGCCGAGAAGCCUGCCGAGGAGGCGGCGCCGGAGGCUGGGGAGAAGAAGCCCAAGGCGGAGGAGGGGGCGGCGCCGGCUGAGACCACUGAGGCACCGUCUGUCUCCUUGAAGGAGGAGAGCACCGCCGUUCCUGACCCCGUCGACCCCGAGAAGAAGGCCCUCGACGAUUUCAAGCAGCUCGUGCAAGCUGCCCUUGCGAACAACGAGUUUGCUCCUCCUCCACCUCCUCCGUCUCCACCUACGCCUCCGGCCAAAGAGGAGGAAUCGGCUCCAGCCAAGGAGGAGGAAUCCAAGCCUGAAGAGCCCGCUGCCCCUGCUACGGAGGAACCCAAGAUUGAGACCGAAGAGCCUCCGAAGCCAGCGGAGACGGAGACACCCGCCCCGCCGGUGGCAGCCGAGGAGGAAACCGUCCCACCUGUAAAGGUGGAGCCUUUACCUCCCCCGCCAACACCAGUGGAGGAGAAGGUUGUCGCAGCCGAUGAGGACGGCGCCAAGACAGUUGAAGCGAUCGAGGAAACCGUCGUCGCCGUCACCGCCCCUCCUCCGGCUACCACCGAGGAGGUCACUCCGGCGGCGGAGGAGGCGACAAAGGAGCAGCCAGCCGAGACCCCUGCUCCACCACCGGCGGAACCGCCGGAGGAGGUGUUCAUCUGGGGCGUCCCGCUCGUCGGCGACGAGAAGUGCGACACCAUCCUCCUCAAGUUCCUCCGCGCCAGGGACUUCAAGGUGAAGGACGCCAUGGCGAUGCUCAAGAACGCUGUCAUCUGGAGGAAGCAGUUCGGCAUCGAGGCCCUCCUCGAGGAGGACCUCGGCCUGCCGGAGCUGGAGAAGGCCGUGUUCAUGCACGGCGUCGACAAGGAGGGCCACCCCGUGUGCUACAACGUCUACGGCGAGUUCCAAAACAAGGAGCUUUACGAGAAAGCCUUCGGCGACGAGGAGAAGAGGCAGAAGUUCCUGAAGUGGAGGAUCCAAUAUCUGGAGAAGGGAAUCAGGGAGCUCUUGGACUUCUCUCCCGGUGGCAUCUCAUCCAUGGUUCAGGUGACCGACCUCAAGAACACGCCACGGCUCGGGAAGCAUCGCCAGGCUACGAAGCAGGCCGUCACCCUGUUGCAGGACAACUACCCUGAAUUCAUCGCCAAGAAGGUGUUCAUCAACGUUCCGUGGUGGUAUUUGGCUUUUAAUCGGAUGAUAAGUCCCUUCUUCACCCAGAGGACCAAGAGCAAGUUUGUCUUCGCUGGGCCAUCCAAGUCGGCAGAGACUCUAUUCAAGUACAUAGCGCCUGAGCAAGUGCCGGUUGCAAUUGGAGGCCUAAGCAAGGAGAAUGAUCCAGAUUUCACUACUGCUGAUGCUGUCACCGAGGUUACCAUCAAGCCCUCAUCAAAGCAAUCCAUAGAAAUACCAGUUCCUGAGACAACCCUCCUGGUCUGGGAACUCCGCGUCUUGGGAUGGGAGGUCAGUUACGGUGCUGAGUUUGUGCCAAGCGCAGAGGACGGGUACACGGUGAUCGUGCAGAAGACAAGGAAGCUGAUCGCUACUGAUGAGCCUGUCAUCAAGACCUCUUUCAAGAUCGGUGAGCCCGGAAAAGUAGUUCUUAACAUCGAGAACCCGACAUCCAAGAAGAAGAAGCUCCUCUACCGAUCCAAGGCUAAGAGCUCUGCCGAAUCAACAUAGGCGGCUGCCGUUCUUCCUCUCCAUUUGUUCAAGUCAAAAGAAAUAAAGCUAAAGAUUAGGAAGCACUGGGUUUUCUUUGGAUGAUAAAAUCUUUUCUUUUCUUUUCCUUUUUUUUGGGUGUGAAAUUGGUUUGUUUGUUGGAGUCAUUUGUUCACCUGUGUGAGUUGCUGCUGUAGUUUCUUAAUACAGUUCAUGUGUCAUGAUUCUAGAGUCAGAAAGGAGCUGAGAGGACUCAUGCUACUUGCUAUCAUUGUAAAUGCUUCUUUGUACAUUGGCUUCUUCUGUGCACUUUCUUGUCAUAUGGUUUGCAUUGUUUGAGACUUUUCAUACAAGAAGAAUGUAGCUUAUGUUCCUUUAUCUA